AUGAAGCGAAAUACAAACGCUCCUACCAACAAGAAACCAGGUCAGGAGAAGGCAGGAACGAUCUCUCGAAGAACUGAUACAACGGCCGAUCAUGAUCCACAAUCGGGACAUCAAUUCGGAGGACAACUAAGUAAAAAAGUGAUUAAGGCCGAGGAUCAACUCCAUCUUUCUGAAGAAGAAUUAAAUGUUGAAGUGGAUAGAAUUUUGGAAGGAACCAAUCCAAAUGCUCCAGAAAAUAUUGUUCGAUUCAAUCACGAGGAUAGAACAUUUAAAUUUGAGCAUACAGUUGAACAGGCAGCAUUCCAUUUUGCAGAUGAUGGAUUCCUAAUUCUAAAGGAUGGUCCAGAGGCUAAACUUCAAAAGGAAGAAAAUGAAAAUAAGAGAGAACUGCUAAAGAAAAAGCUCAAAGAACAAGCGAACGUGGAAACUGACAACUUGGGAGCAGAUGAUAUUCAACAAAAGAAGGAUAUUCUUCGCAAUCAGUUCAAUUAUUCUGAUCGAGAGGUUCAAACCUUUAACUAUCCUUUCAAGGAAGUGGAGAUCAUGACAGAGCCUCCAGCAGCUGAGACCUUUGAAGCAACUGCUACUCAAUGGGAAAUUCAUGAUUUUUAUCAGCAACAUUUCGAGGAGCUCAAAAAACAAAACGGAAAGGGUAACGGUGGUGGCAAGAACAAAAAGGCGAACAGAGCGAAAACACCUCAAGAAAUUAUUCAUUCCAAGGAAAUGAUCUCAACCUUGAAACUUAUGGAACGAAUGCUCAAUCAAAAUUCAAUGGAAGAAAUUUUGCAUGACUACAAGUAUUGGGAUGAUCCUUCUGACGACGUUGUCGAAGACAAAAAGAGAAGAACCGAGGGUUCCUUACUUCCUCUAUGGAGAUUCCCAUUCCCAGACAAGAAGAAACUCUCUGUGACUGGAGUUUGUUGGAAUCCAAAAUAUUCAGAUUUAUUUGCAGUGAGCUAUGGAAGCUACAACUUUUUAAAGCAAGGCGGAGGAAUGAUAUGUUGUUAUACGUUGAAAAAUCCUGGAAUUCCCGAAUACACAUUCUACACCGAAUCGGGUGCAAUGUGUUUGGAUUUCCAUCCUAAACAUCCAUCACUGUUAGCUGUGGGUUUGUACGAUGGUACCUGUUUGAUAUUUGACAUUAAGCAAAAGGAUAGCAAACCACUAAUAUUGUCAACUGUUAAGAGUGGAAAGCAUAAUGGUGUAGUUUGGCAAGUGAAGUGGGAAACAGAGGGAAUUUCAACAUCCUUGUCAUUCUUCUCAGUGAGUAGUGACGGUAGAGUUACGAAUUGGACUCUUUCAAAGAACGAGCUUCAAUACACCGACAUUAUGCACCUUAAAUUGGAGUCUUCCUCUACCGUUGCAUUUGAUUCGGACAAGUCCUUCUCUGCGAAUGCAUCAUUCACUCAAAUGAACCCAUCAAAAAUUACUGAAGACUUUUUAGUGGCCUAUUCAGGUGGUACUUGCUUUGACUUCAACCCCAAGACACCACACUUGUUUAUUGUGGGUACUGAAGAAGGAAAGAUUCACUUGUGCUCCAAGGCAUACAAUUCCCAAUACAUUAGAACAUACGAUGGCCACAAUAUGAACGUGUACAGUGUAAAAUGGAACAAUUUCCAUCCAAAUGUUUUCCUUUCGGCAAGUGCAGAUUGGAAUGUCAAGCUAUGGGACAUGAAUUAUACACAACCUCUCAUGACUUUUGACUUGGGAAGUGGAGUUGGAGAUAUUGACUGGGCGCCAUUUUCAUCGACAGUUUUCUGUGCUGUCACAGACGAUGGUAGAGUUCAAGUGUUCGAUUUAAGUGUCAAUAAGAGGGAUUCGUUGACAGAUGCUUGCUCGUUAAUUGUGAAGAAAGCCAAAUUAACGCAUGUUCAAUUCAAUCCAGUCACACAAGCAGAAUUACUCUAUGAUAGCGCCUAUUUGGAUAGUAAGAACCCACAACUUCAACACAAGGCUGUAGAGGCACUCAAUAGAAUGAGCUUUGCGCUGCUAGUGGGUGAUGAUAAGGGACUUGUACAAACACUCAAGCUUUCUCCAAACCUUAGAAGACCUCCAGACCUCAAAGACAAGGAAGCUGCGCCAGCCGCAGGUCAACAACAAGGAGCAAAGAAGACAGAAGCAGCCACGACUACAGGUCAAAAGACAGUUCAACAAAUGGAAAUUGACAAGCUUACUGCCAUUCUUGAGGUUGCCUUGAAACAACAGCAAGAAUAA